AUGGCGGCGCCCACUCUGUCUGCGUCAACGGACUUCAGUGCGGGAGACCAUGUUGAGACAUUCCCUACAUCCAGACAGCAACAGCAGGAAGAUCACAGAGCUAAGAGGUCUCACCACUGCCCACACUGUGAGGAGAUUUUUCCAAUUCUUUCAAAGCUAAAAACACACCUAAAAAUACACACAGGAGAGAAUCCGUAUUCCUGUACUGACUGUGGGAAGAGAUUCACAACAUCAGGGGUUCUGACAGUUCAUCAGAGAGUGCACACUGGAGAGAAGCCUUACUUCUGCUCUGACUGUGGAAAGAGUUUCUCUAAACAGAACAACUUAAAAUAUCACCAGCGAAUACAUACAGGAGAGAAGCUUUACUCCUGCUCUGACUGUGGGGCAAGUUUCUCUCGACUCAAUACCUUAAAAACACACCAACUUAUACAUACAGGUGAGAAGCCUUACUCCUGUUCUGACUGUGGGAAGAGUUUCUCUGUAAUGGGCAACUUAAAAACACAUGAACGUAUACAUACAGGAGUGAAGCCUUACUCCUGCUCUGACUGUGGAAAGAUUUUCUCUCAACUGGGCCACUUAAAAAGACAUGAACAUAUACAUACAGGAGUGAAACCUUACUACUGCUCGGAUUGUGGAAAAUGCUUCACAACAUCAACUCAUCUUAAAGUUCAUCAGAGUACACACACAGAAGAGAAGCCUUACCCCUGCUCUGACUGUGGGAAGAGUUUCUCUCAACUGGGCCACUUAAAAAGACAUGAACAUAUACAUACAGGAGUGAAGCCUUACUCCUGCUCUGACUGCGGAAAAUGCUUCACAACAUCAACUGAGCUAAAAGUUCAUCAGAGAACACACACAGGAGAGAAGCCUUACUCCUGCUCUGACUGUGGAAAGAGUUUCUCUGUAAUGGGCAACUUAAAAACACAUGAACGUAUGCAUACAGGUGUGAAGCCUUACUCCUGCUCUGACUGUGGAAAAUGCUUCACAACAUCAACAGAGCUAAAAGUUCAUCAGAGAACACACACAGGAGUGAAGCCUUACUCCUGCUCUGACUGUGGAAAGAGUUUCUCUGUACUGGGCAACUUAAAAAUACAUGAACAUUUACAUACAGGAGUGAAGCCUUACUCCUGCUCUGACUGUGGAAAAUGCUUCACAACAUCAACUGAGCUAAAUGUUCACCAGAGAACACACACAGGAGUGAAGCCUUACUCCUGCUCUGACUGUGGAAAGAGUUUCUCUGUACUGGGCAACUUAAAAACACAUGAACGUUUACAUACAGGAGAGAAGUCUUACUCCUGCUCUGACUGUGGAACGAGUUUCUCUCAAAUGGGCCAGUUAAAAAGACACCAAGGUAAACAUAAAGGAGAGAAGCCUUACCACUGAUCUGACUGUAUAAAAUGUUUUAAAACAACAGCUGAGCUAAAAGGUCAUCAGAGAACAGACACAGGAGAGAAGCCUUACUUAUUCUCCUAAUGUGGCAAGAGUAACUCAAGUGAAAGUCAUCAAGUAAAAUACUACUUGAGUAAAAGUCUAAAGGUAUUUGGUUGUAAAUA